AUGGAGUUCCCAAUCCUGUCCUUCCCAGUUCUGUUCACAUUCCUACUGUUUCUAUUCAUGGUAUUGAAAACCAAGAUCAGUUCUUCUCCAAAACUGCCUCCUAGGCCAUGGAAACUACCUCUAAUAGGUAACAUUCAUCAAUUUGUCAGAUCUCUACCCCAUCACUGCUUAAGAGAUUUGGCCAUGAAAUAUGGACCUUUGAUGCACCAGCGACUCGGAGAACUUCCUAUUGUUGUGAUUACUUCAAUAGAAUUUGCCAAAGAGCUGGGAAUGACAUUGGCUUCGCGCCUUAUGGGGAUCACUGGAGACAACUUCGAAAAGUUUGCAUACUGGAGGCUUUUAAGCGCCAAGCGUGUCCAAUCAUUUCGACCCAUCAGGGAAGAAGAGGCCUCGAAUUUGAUCAAAUCUAUUUCGACCCAUAAUACAGCUGGAUCUCUCAUCAAUGUCACUGAAAAGCUUUUCUCCAUGACAUACAACAUAGUUUCUAAGGUGGUCGUUGGUAAGAAAUUCCAUGGGAAAGAAGAAUUCUUAUCACUUAUCAGGGAUACUAUGGAGGUAGCAGGAGGUUUCAAUGUUGCUGAUCUCUUUCCUUCAGUUAAAAUACUUGGUUUGAUAAGUGGGCAGAUACCUAGAGCUGAGAAGAUUCAUCAAAAAAUUGAUGAGAUAUUUACUAACAUUAUUGAUGAACAUAAAGCUAGAGAUGGUGAAGUUGAUUGCGAAGACCUGAUAGAUGUACUUUUAAAAGUUCAGGGGUAA